AUGGAGGCCCGCAACCAGGCCUUCGUGGAGAGAUUCUGCGCCAGCAUAUUGAGUGAGCAGCAGCUAGCCCAGCUGUCGCUGGACCCGGCAGAGCGACAAGAGGUGCAGCAGCGCGUGGCGCAGCAAGCAGAGGCCAGCACGCAGGCGGCUACGCUCGCCGCUGAGGCUUCCCGGCAGGCGCAGCACUACGAGGCGGAGGCCCGUCUGGUGCAAGAGGUGCUGGAGGUCGCUGGGCUUCCCCUGGACAGCCUGUCCGCGCGCGCGCAGCUCUGCGCCUCGCUGAUCGCGGGCGUGUGCGGUGCGCUCGGGCUGGCGCGGCCGGGCCUGCCAGAGGUGCUCGCCGCGUGGGCGCAAGUGAAGCUCAGGGAGAGCAGGGCGGUGGUGCUGCAGGCCAAACUUAAGCAGCACUCUGCGGAGGUCGAGCGGGAUGCGUCGCGGGCGCGCGCACGCCUGCAGCAGCUGCAGGCCGCGCUUGCCAAAGUGCAACACCAACAGCACGCGGCGGAGCGGCGGGCGCGCGCGGAGGGGCAGCAGGUGGCUGAGCUGGAGGCUAAGCAGCAGGAGUAUGGGAAGACCCUGGAGAAGUGCGCCCGCAAGCUUGCCGCAAACGGUGCCGUGCCAGAGAUCCACCACUCCACGCUUGUGGAGAAGCGCGCCGCGCUACAGGAGCUCCAGGCACGCGCGGCCGACCUGCAGCAGCAGCUGGCGUCGUACCACAGCCUGCCGCCGAGCGCGCUGGGCGCGGGCAUGAUGCUGCAGCAGGCGCGGGAGCGGCUGAGGGCGGCGCAGGAGCGGCUUGAGUCCGGGCUGGCGGAUUUGUAG